AUGUGUAGAUUUAUGAUAUUUAAAGGAAGAGAACUGAUGGUACUAUCAGAUUUAUUAACAAAACCAGCACAUUCAAUAAUAAAUCAAUCAUUUGAUUCAAGACUACGACUUGAUAUGAGAAAUCCAAUAAAUGGAGAUGGAUUUGGAGUAGGAUAUUAUACAGAACAUAAUGAACCAUGUAUAUUUAAAGCUAUAACACCAGCAUGGAAUAAUGUAAAUUUAAAUAAUUUAUCACAUUGUACUGAAUCUCAUCUUGUAUUUGGUCAUGUUAGAGCUUCAACUCAAGGUGUUUUAUCGGAAACUAAUUGUCAUCCUUUUAGUUAUGGAAAAUUAAUGUUUAUGCAUAAUGGUAGUAUAUCAAGUUUUAAUUUAAUUAAAAAAAAAUUAAUAAAUCAUUUAAAUGAUAAAUAUUUCUUAUAUUUACAAGGUUCAACAGAUUCUGAAUGUUGUUUUGCUUUAUUCUUGGAUACAUUAGAUAAAAUGGGAUAUGAUCCAGAAUUAAAAGAAACAAAAUUUUCUCAUAUUAUUUUAAAAAAGGCAAUAUUAAAAACUAUUGAACUUAUAAAAAUUUGGCAAUUAGAAGUUACAAAUGAACCAUCUUUAUUAAAUUUUGCUGCAACAGAUGGAGAAUCAAUAGUUGUAAGUAGAUACAUAACUUCAAAAACUGAUGAAGCUGCUUCAUUACAUUUUAGUACUGGUUCAAAAUUUUUUGAAUAUCAACCAGGAUUAUUUAAAAUGGAAAGAUUAAAUAGAUCUCAAGAUGUUAUAUUUGUUGCAAGUGAACCAUUAACUUUUGAAAGAGGUGAUUGGUUAUGUGUUCCAACAAAUACUUUAAUUACAAUAACUAAUAAAAAUACUGUUUUAAUGCAUCCUAUAGAAGAUGAAUUUUAUGGUGAAGGUUCAACAGAAAGAUCUUCUGGUUUUGCAAUGAGUAAAGGUUUAAUGGGUGGUGUACCAUCAGAAAAUAAUAAUAAUGGUGAAAAAGAUUCAAAUAUAAUUAGAAAAGUUCCACCAUUAGAAAGAGAAGGUAGAGCUAAUUUAAAAACUACAGUUCAUUAA